UCGGUGGACGAGACGCUUUUUGGGGGGCUCGGAGGGGGGGGUUGCGAUGACCCCUCGGGCCCCCCCUCGCUGCUGCGGCGUUGGGGGUCGGGGGGACCCGCCGUGAUGCUGCGGGAGAGGCCAAAAUCUCCCGGUGCCGCCGCCGCCGGAGGGUACAAACCCAAAACCACGCGGCUCUUCAGCAAGGACCUGAUCCGGGACUUGGUCAUUCCCGAGGAGAAGCCCCCGGGCUCCCUGAUCCUGAGCAGGAAGGAUUUGGAGCUGCUGAAGGAAGAGGCCGAAGGAUUGAGCCGGGAGGAGCUCGGGCACAGGGGCACAGCCCUGCAGGCCAAGCAGGACGCUGCCAUCGAUGCCCUGAUCCGGGCCCGGAGCGCGGAGCGGCGCAAGGCCGAGCUCCAGGAGCGGCUGGAGCAGCGGCCGGAGCUGGAGGAGGAGCGGCGGGAGCGGGAGCGGGAGCUGCUGGAACGGGCGGGGAGGAUGAGGAUGGAGCAGGAGGAGGAGAUGAGGGAGCUCAACUCGAUCCUCCUCAACGCCAAGUGCCACAUGAUCCGGGACAGGCAGGUCCUGGAGAAGCGGCUCAUCCGCCGGGAACUGGCGGAGGAGGAGAAACGCCUGGAAAAGCUCAUGGAGACGGAGCGGGAAAAGGGCCUCUGGAUCCAGGAGGAGCUGGAGCGCCGCAGGAAGGAGCAGCUCGACAGGAUGAAGCGGGAGGUGCUGGAGCAGCUGGAGCAGAGGGAUGGGACAGGGAUGGGACUGAGAUGGAUUCGGGAUGGAUCCAGAGGGAAGGUUCCCACUCUGGAAUUCCCAGGACAAAGCAGGAG